CUGAGACUCUCCAUGGCCCUGGGAAGAUGCAUUGCAGAAGGUUGGACCUUGGAGAGAGUAGCAGUGCGACAGCUCUCCUGGCUCCUGAUCUACAGCUGUGUCUGCUCCGGUGUCUGCUGGGGAGUCUUGGUCCCAGAGCAAGGAGGAGGAGGGUGGAAGGCUGGGACACUCACCUGCCUCAGCAACAGUGUUUUCAGGAUCGACUGCCGUUGGUCAGCACCAGAGCUGGGCCAGGCAUCCGGGGCCUGGCUCCUCUUUACCAGUAACCAGGUGACUGACAUCAAGCACAAGUGCACCUUCUGGGGCAGUAUGUGUACCCUGGUGCUGCCUAAAGAGGAGGUGUUCUUACCUUUUGACAACUUCACCAUCACACUUCACCGCUGCAUCAUGGGACAGGAACAGGUCAGCCUGGUGGACUCGCAGUACCUGCCGAGGAGACACAUCAAGUUGGAUCCACCCUCUGAUCUGCAGAGCAAUGUCAGCUCUGGGCGUUGUGUCCUGACCUGGGGUAUCAGUCUCGCCCUGGAGCCAUUGAUCACAUCCCUCAGCUACGAGCUGGCCUUCAAGCGGCAGGAAGAGGCCUGGGAGCAGGCCCGGCACAAGGACCGUAUCGUUGGCGUGACCUGGCUCAUCCUUGAAGCCGUCGAACUGCAUCCUGGUUCCAUCUACGAGGCCAGGCUGCGCGUCCAGAUGGCUUUGGAGAGCUAUGACGACAAGACGGAGGGGGGAUAUUACAAGAGCCAUUGGAGUGAGUGGAGUCAGCCCGUGUCCUUUCCUUCUCCCCAGAGGAGGAGACAGGGCCUCCUGGUCCCACGCUGGCAGCCGUCAGCCAGCAUCCUUGUUGUUGUGCCCAUCUUUCUUCUUCUGACUGGCUUUGUCCACCUUCUGUUCAAGCUGUCACCCAGGGUGAAGAGAAUCUUUUACCAGAACGUUCCCUCUCCCGAGGCAUUCUUCCAUCCUCUCUACAGUGUGUACCAUGGGGACUUCCAGACUUGGACAGGGGCCCGCAGAGCCGGCGGACCACAAGCAAGACAGGAUGGUGUCAGUACUUCAUCAGCAGGCUCAGAGUCCAGCAUCUGGGAGGCCGUCGCCACACUCACCUAUAGCCCGGCAUGCCCUGUGCAGUUUGCCUGCCUGAAGUGGGAGGCCACAGCCCCUGGCUUCCCAGGGCCCCCAGGCUCAGAGCAUGUGCUGCCGGCAGGGUGUCUGGAGUUAGAAGGACAGCCGUCUGCCUACCUGCCCCAGGAGGACUGGGCCCCACUGGGCUCUGCCAGGCCCCCUCCUCCAGAUUCAGACAGCGGCAGCAGCGACUAUUGCAUGUUGGACUGCUGUGAGGAGUGCCACCUCUCAGCCUUCCCAGGACACACCCAGAGUCCUGAGCUCACACCGGCUCAGCCUGUGGCCCUCCCCGUGUCCAGCAGGACCUGACAUCUACCAAGGGAUGUGGGGGUUCUCCUCCCUCGUCUUCCCGGAUGGCACCAGACCCAGCCUCAACGUACCGCUGCCAGGUGCACCAUGUCUGUUCUGGGGAGGUGAAGGAAAGGCCCCAGGCUGACCCUUGGGUGCAUGUGGAACUCCUGAGAGGAGGCAGCUGUGCACGGGUCAGAGGCUGUGCCGAUGGAAGCAGCAGACUGUGUCUUACCCCCCUGCUCCGCCUCUGUGGUGGGGAUGCCUCCAGGGUCAGCAUCUUCACAUCCGCCUUCUCUCCUCUCCUCUUCCUGGCUCUGUCCCAGGCCUGAAAGAGGGAUGUGACAAGC